CAACCCAACCUAAUAUCAAUUCACCCUCGUUCCGUUCAUUCAACACUUUCUUUCUUUUACUCUCAGGCCGCCUCCACCAUCCUCUCUAGCGAACUCGCCGUGUUCGCUCUCAGCCACCGAGCCACCGCCACGAACCACCGCCUACCGAAACGGACUACACCAUCAAGCAACCACCACGAAGUCUCGCAGGACACGAGCUCUUUCUACACUCACGUCACCUGCCACCAUCCUCCGCCACUCCGGUCCAUAGACCACGGCACAGGCUCGGGCGUAUUCUGAGUCGCUUGUAGUAGUUGGUCGGACAAUUCCAGAGAAGUACCAAAGAGAAAGGUUGAAUAGAAUUCUCAACUCAAGCUCUCUUUAUUGAGGAAUAAUGGGUAAGAGAGGCAAGAGUCAGCUGAAAGGGGAUAAAAAUCCUAAAAAGAAAUUCCAUAACAAAGAUAAAAUUGUUGAUGAAGACAUGGACGACGAAAUUGACGCCUUUCACAAGCAGAGGGAUUUGGUUUCAUUGGAUGUGAACAAAGACAUGGAAGAUUCAGAUGAUGAUGAUGAACUGCCCGUCUUUGAUUUUGAGGAUGGUGAUGAAGACAAGGAUGAAAGUGAUGAAGAUGAAGACGACAUCCGGGAUACUGGGCUUGCUGCAAAAAUGGCUAAGCAGCAAAAGUACUUGCGGGAAAAGUUUGGUGGUGUUGAGGAUGAUAUGCAUGGCGAUGAUGAGGAGGAUGACGAUGAACAAAAGGCAGUGUGGGGGGGAAGAAAGGACCUAUAUUAUGAUGCUGAUAACAUUGAUUUUGAGAUACGAUCAAGCGAUGAUGAGUCCCCUGCUGAGGAGGAGGCAGAGGUGAUAAGGUUGCAGAAAGAAAAUGCAAAAUCUAUGUCUAUGGCGGACUUUGGCCUUGAAGAUACGAGUGAAGAUGAGAGUGAUAGAGAAUUAACUUUAGAGGAAAUAUCGGUUAAAGGAAAAACCACCAAAAAGUCCAGUUUGAAAACAAAAGGGGCAGAGAACAUGGGUACAGAUUUUGAGGAGGUUAAGAAAGAUUUGAGUGCUCUAUCAAAGGAGGAGCUGAUGGAUGUUUUGUUUAGCUCUGCUCCAGAGUUAGUUGGUUUGCUGUCAGAACUGAACGAUGCAACUGAUCAGCUUGAAAACAAAGUUGAUCCACUUUUAAACAAGGUAAAAAACGGGGAAGUCAUGUUGGAAGGAGGAAUUCGUUAUUUAGAAUUGAAGAAGCUUCUUCUGUUGUCUUAUUGCCAAGCAAUAGCUUUCUAUCUUCUUCUCAAAUCUGAAGGGCAGCCUGUCCGUGAUCAUCCUGUACUAGCUCGCCUUGUAGAAAUCAGGAGCUUAUUAGACAAGACAAAACAACUCGAUGGAAAUCUUCCUGCAGAGCUGGAGGAGAUUCUUAACAAAAGUAAUGUGGUGAAAUCAGCGGCAAAGCUUGGUAAAGAGAACGGCUUAUUGGCAUCUGCUUCUUUUGUAAAAGAUCAUGUGCGCUCUCUUGCCACUACAGAUAUUCAAGAAGCAGCUGAGCCUAAUAAGAAAGCUGAUUCGGUAAAGGUGGACUUAAUCAAGGACAGCGAGAAAAAAUCUGAGAAACGCAAACGCCAGGAUGAACAGGUUGGAUUAGAGAGCAUGAAAAUGUUAAAGGUAAGAGCUGACCUGGAGGAAAAGUUGAAGCAGAAAGGUGUCUUUAGUUCCAGCACUCCAAAGAUUGAUAAGGCCCAAAAACUUCAAAAACCCUUAAACCGGAAGCUUGAAACAUAUGAUGAUUUUGAUGAUGACACUGGAAAUGCCCAAGUGGCUGCUCGUGGAUUGACCAAUGGUCAUGCAAGCUCAUUGAGCUCAAGCAAAUUUUCUCAACUUCUUGCUGCUGGCAACAAGUCAAAGGUUGUUUCUGGAGAUGAUGAUUUACCAAAGAGGGAUGAUAUUGGUGAAAGGCGUAGGAAACAUGAGGUAAACGUAUUACAUCGAGCUGGGAUUGUGGCAGAGGAUGAUGUUGGAGACGAAAUUGGUGCUGUAGAGACAAAUGGGGAUGAUGUUGAGAUGGAUGAGGAGGGUGCAUCAGAAGAAGGCUCUGAAGACGAGUUCUACAACCAAGUGAAAGAACAAAGAGCUGCAAAACUUGCUGCCAAAGCUCAGAUUUAUUCAAGGAACUCGACGCUACCAGUCCCAUCUUUGCCUGAAAUUGUUGAUGGAAAACGCCAUAUAUCAUAUCAGAUUCAGAAGAAUAGAGGUCUUACUCGCCAACGCAAUAAGAAAUUAAAGAAUCCAAGAAAGAAAUACAAGGAAAAGCACAAGAAGGCAGUGGAGCGUCGAAAAGGUCAAGUACGUGACGUCAAGACGCCCAAGGGCCGUUAUCCAGGGGAGGCGUCCGGAAUCAAUGCGGCCAUCAGUCGAAGUGUCCGCCUCAAGAGCUAAAAUGUUGUUUCACUCAAAUAAACCAUUUUUUUUGUUUCAUUUUUUAUUCAACAUCUAAAUUAUAAUGAUGCAUGAGUGAGCUAGUGUUAAUUUAAUCCAAAUGUAUCGAUGAUAGAGGAAAUUUUGCUAUAUAAAAUUAUAUAUUAUUUGCUA